AUGGAGAUUUCAACGGAGACUCUUUUCUUUCAAACGUGUCAGCUCUGCGACAAAGUCUUCACUCAGGAGCACCCAUUUAAGCGCCAUGUGAACUAUUGCCGUCGCGCUCAGACUCAACGCAAAGGGCGCCAAAAGUCUUGUACUUCGUGUAGAUCAGCUAAAACGAAAUGCGACUUUGGUCAGCCAUGUUCAAGGUGUUUGAAGAAGGACCUGCGAUGCGCGUAUGGUCGACCGACUCGCAACGGGCCUCUGACUUCAGUCAGACAUAGUGAAGAACCCAAUGUUUGGGCGAACAACGAGCUACAGACCAUUAGUAGCCUCGCAGACUCUGCGCCAUUGGGGAUAUCCUUCGAAAUGGAUGAUUUCGCAGCUGGUUUUAUCUCGUCGUUGGACCCAAUGUCGACUGACAUUUUGGAUCUGGAGCCAAGUUCAGUGGAAUUGUCGCCGCUUACCAUUACUAACGACAGGCAAAUCCACAUGCCACCAAGAUCUCUCAGCUCUAAGGGCGAUUUAACACGCGUAUCAAACCGACUUUCCAGCAUGCAGCAUGCAUCGCGAGUGAUAAUGCAGAUGCUCUACGCUUAUCCACAGAUGAUGCUUCGCCGACAAACCUUCCCGCCAUUUAUGCAUCCGCAGUGGCAUGAGAAAGCACUACCGGAGACGCUAGGUAACUGCAUGAGUAUAGCUCAGCUCUUUGCUGCGAGAACGGCGGAAACCCAGUCGUUUCUGUGGAGGAUGGUCGCUGCUGAGGAGGCGCGCUUCCGGGAAAGGUUGUAUACGUUCUCUCCCCGUGAGGUGCAUCUCUGUCUAGAGGCUAUGAUUAUCUAUAUGAUGAUGUCGAUGAGUGAAUCCGACUCGGAAAGCAAAGAGCGAACUUCCAGGCUAUUCGAAACAGCCGAGGUCAGUGUUGUCAAGCUUUACCAUGGAUAUUUAGCUAAACUGUAUCAGCUAAUCGGUUCCCGCUUCCUCGAUAUCACCGGUAGCUACUCGGCCUCCGAAAUAUCCGAGCCAAGUUCAACAUGGCAAGAUUGGAUCUUUGCAGAAUCACGUCGCCGAACGUCUUGUCUCUGGCUCAUCAUAAGCUGCGUGAUCACUAUCGAGAAUGGUAGGACGUGCAGUAGCUGCAGCGAUGUGCAUAAUCUUCCGCUCCCAUCGAGCAAACUACUAUGGGAAGCCAGGAGUCUUGAGGAAUGGCAGACUGAGAAAGCCUUCUUUGACAUGAGCUGUCCUAUUACGACAUUGGGUGAGCUGGUUGAAGCAAAGACGAAUGCGGGAAAUCCAGUUGAAGCACAGAGGUUGCAGAGUUGGGAAAUGGGGAGCGAUAAGAUGACUGCCAUGUUGAAUAUUGCUGUUGAGUUUGUAUGGGGCAACGUCCUAUAAAGGCUGACUCUGAGAACCGUUAUUUCAUACUGUAUUAUAGUUCCCGGGCGAACCCCACUGGGGAGGAUACCCUUGCAUUCCGGCAUUUGAAGUCGUCAAACGUGCGAGUCUCGAACAGAUGCCCGCAUCAUGAUUCCGAUACGAUCUACGGAAGAUUCCAGCAAAUGACAUGUUUGCACCAGAAAAAGCAAAAGUCCAAAAGAUAACGAAUUGGAGAAGACGUCAGAUACGCCCGGUCACGUGC